UAUAUACCUCAGGGAUGAUUUCUUCCCACUGCUUCUGGCCACUGCUGUCCUCCUCCUUGACUCUCUGUUUCGUCGUAGGUUGUGAAGAAAAGAAACCGCCACCAUGUCUGAGAAGAAGAUGACUUCAAGCCGCAGGCAUACCCUAAAGAGUCUGAUCCUGCAGAUUGCAGCAAACUGGAUCGAGCAGGAGAAAAAAGAGCUUGUUAUCGCCAAGGAGACCUACAUGAAUGAGAAUUGUCCAAAACCCUCUCUGAGCGGAGACCAAGCCACCCUCAUGGAAACCUGCAAAAAGCUGCAUGCCCUCUUAGACAAAGUGGAUGAAGAAAGGUACGACAUGGAGGCCAAAGUGGCCAAGACUGACAAAGAGAUCGAUGACCUGAAGAUCAAAGUGAUCGACCUGGCCGGUGUGAAGAAACCCGCUCUGAAGAAAGUGCGUAUGUCUGCUGACGCCAUGCUGAAAGCUCUUCUUGGCACCAAACAUACAGUCAACAUGGAACUGAGGUCCAACCUGAAGCAGGUCAAGAAGGAGGUCAAAGAGGAGCCUGCAGAGGCAGUCGGCGACUGGCGUAAGAACAUUGAGGACAAAGCUGACAGGAAGAAGAUGUUCGAGGCUUCUUAAAGAAUUUAACCGCUCAUGUAGUUGCUCUGGGCUGUUAGCACUUUUUAUGGAAUUUAUGGAAUUUUUCAUUGACUUGAAAUACCUUUUGUUUCAUUAAAUCUGUCAGUGUCAGCUU